GCCAGCGGCACUUGCGAAACAGUCAUUCCAGUACAGCACUUUGUACAGCAAGAAGAACAGAACCCGCACUCAAAAGGAAUAGCUGCCAAACUAAGAAUGAAGAGCACAUUCGUAAUUGCCUGUGCCGCCAUCCUGGUGGCCAGUAUCAGUGCCGCCAGCGUGCCGGCCGUGCCGACCGCCAUCAACAAUCAGCUGUAUCGUCGCUACGUCUGCGUCCACAAGUCGGACGGCUUCAGGGCUCUCGUGCCUGGAAGCUGCUCUCAGUACUACGAGUGCCAGGGAGGACAGGCGCUGGUAAGCACUUGCUCUCGUUUCUUCGACUCCAAGGUCCAGGGAUGUGUCAACUACAAUACCGGCUGCAUUGAAGUACAGCCUUCGGCGUUGGUCACGGACAACGCUGCUUCUGCUGUGCCCUGUACACCGACACCCUGUCCCACGACAACUCCCGAAGCACCCUGUGUAACCACCCCGUCUGCCCCAACAACCUCUUCCACAACAACAUGUUCAAGCACAACAACAACUUGUUCACCAACCACGCCAACGACAACAACUUGUUCACCAACCACGUCAACGACAACAACCUGUUCACCAACCACGUCAACGACAACAACUUGUUCACCAACCACGUCAACGACAACAACUUGUUCACCAACCACGUCAACGACAACAACCUGUUCAUCAACCACCUCAACAACAACAACCUGCUCAACAACCACCUCAACAACAACAACCUGUUCAACAACCACCUCGACAACAACAACCUGUUCACCAACCACCCCAACAACAACAACCUGCUCAACAACCACCUCAACAACAACAACUUGUUCAACAACCACCUCCACAACAACAACCCGUUCAACAACCACCUCCACAACAACAACCUGUUCAACAACCACCUCCACAACAACAACUUGUUCAACAACCACCUCAACAACAACAACUUGUUCAACAACCACCUCCACAACAACAACUUGUUCAACAACCACCUCAACCACAACAACCUGUUCAACAACCACCUCCACAACAACAACCUGUUCAACAACCACCUCCACAACAACAACUUGUUCAACAACCACCUCAACAACAACAACCUGUUCAACAACCACCUCAACCACAACAACCUGUUCAACAACCACCUCAACAACAACAACCUGUUCAACAACCACCUCAACCACAACAACCUGUUCAACAACCACCUCCACAACAACAACCUGUUCAACAACCACCUCCACAACAACAACCUGUUCAACAACCACCUCCACAACAACAACCUGUUCAACAACCACCUCCACAACAACAACUUGUUCAACAACCACCUCAACAACAACAACCUGUUCAACAACCACCUCCACAACAACAACCUGUUCAACAACCACCUCCACAACAACAACCUGUUCAACAACCACCUCCACAACAACAACCUGUUCAACAACCACCUCCACAACAACAACCUGUUCAACAACCACCUGUACACCAACACCCGAACCUUGUGAAGAGGUCACCACAACCUGUGUAGAGACUACCACACUCUGUGCAGAGACUACCACUGCAUGCAGCGGAGCCACCGCAGCCACCAAGGUCAAGCCCGCCUCCAUGCAAGUGAGACCACCCCGUCCUGUCCGUCCCGCGGGACCACUCGUUGAGGCCAUGCAGCAGCAGGCUACUCCCCAGGCUCAGGAGCUGAACAUCCUCACCUACACCAACUACGUGUGCCGCAACAAGCCCGACGGCUUCAUGAUGGCCUCCCUGAAGAGCUGCAACGAUUACUAUAUCUGCCGCUACGGAAAGCCUCUGCAGGUGAGCUGCGGCGACAAGUACUUCAACGCCCUGAAGGGCAUCUGCGAUCUGCCCGAGAACACGCGCUGCGUGCAGCCCCAGGCCUAGAGCUGGAGGAGACGAUUAUGAGACGAUAACGAUAACGAUCACGCUAGCCCAUAGCAAUCGACCAGCACCACCAGACCCCACCUUGAUAUACAAUGUCUAAUCGAUUCUAUCCAAGCCUUAAUUAUAAUCAAAUAUACGAGUAUGCAAAGCUACAAAAAUGUACAAAAAUA